AGGUCACGUCCAAGAGGGCGUUACAAGUGCUUGGCGAGCGCAGUCUUUAUUCUAGGCGGAGGACAAACAAUCGUAAAUGGCGAGUGCGCGACCCUUGCUUUGUCACGGGUUGUACCCAAUUCACAAGUCAACGGAUUAGAAACGCACUCUUUAUCUGAAUCUCGCUAG